CCUAACAAAGCAUGUUUUUUUCACAUUGUAAAGAAUCACAGUAUGGUAAUGCUUACAUACAUAAAGAAUCCGCAUAAUUAUGCACUUUAAUUUUUUCCCGUGUGAGGAAUCUAAAAUCAUCGAAUGGAAUCGGAUGCCAAAAGCAUUGCAUCUUUUGAAUUGCAGUAACUAUGGUAUAAAUCUGGCUUUCUUCCUGUGUAGGUCAUCAGGGAGAAAGAAAAGGGUUGAUGAGAGUGACUACUUGACCCUAGAUGGCAUAAGAAGUUUUCUAAUUCGACAGGAGGAUAGCAUAAUUUUUAGUCUUUUAGAGAGAGCUCAAUAUUGUUAUAAUGCAGACACAUAUGAUCCUAAUCUUUUCAACAUGGAUGGUUUCACAGGCUCUUUGGUGCAGUAUCUUCUUAUAGAAACUGAAAAGCUGCAUGCCAAGUUGGGCAGAUACCAAAGCCCAGAUGAACAUCCUUUCUUUCCAGACGAACUGCCUGCCCCGGUUUUGCCGCCUUUGCAAUACCCUAAGGUACUACAUCCCAUAGCUGAUUCAAUCAAUUUAAAUGGGCAAGUGUGGGACAUGUACUUUGUAAAUAUCGUCCCUAGGUUAGUGCAAGAAGGAGAUGAUGGCAAUUCUGGGUCAACUGCUGUUUGUGAUACAAUGUGCUUGCAGGCAUUGUCAAAGAGAAUUCAUUAUGGUAAAUUUGUCGCCGAGGCCAAAUUUUCAGCGGAUCCAGAAGCUUACAAAGCUGCCAUAAGAGCACAGGACCGAGAUAAACUGAUGAGUAUGCUGACAUACCCAAAAGUUGAAGAGGCAAUCAAACGGAGAGUGGAAAUGAAAGCCAGAGCUUAUGCACAAGAAGUCACCAGAGAUGAUGAAGCAGAUGGAGUAGAGCCGGUGUUUAGAAUAACGCCAAGCUUGGUUGCGGAUCUCUACGGUAAUUGGAUCAUGCCCUUAACAAAGGAAGUCCAAGUAGAGUACUUACUAAGAAGGUUGGGCUAAAUAGCCAUGGAGUCUUCAACUUUUCUAAGAUACAGGUAACAGAAUCUGCAAAUGCUUUUUGGUGUGACGGUUUUACUGAUUCCUGCACUGUGUAAAUUGAAUAUGCAUUUAACAGGAAGCUGAGAGGCACUUUACAAUGUAGAAUACUACAUUGUUUGAUAAAUCUUCCCAUAGAUGAUGGUGAUUUUAUGAAAUAAGUGCUUUACUUUUUC